UGGAGGCUUCAGAUAAGCCCAGUGGGGUUUUUGUGCCUCUUCCUGCACUUUAUAUUAUUAAUUUAUUUUUUUGUAAUGUUGUAUAGUCUUAAAUUGUGGAAAAUAAAUAAAAAUAUAUUAAAAAAAAGGAUAAUUAUAGUGAUAAUGCUACCCUGGAAGAUAGGCUGUAAUCCUCUGGAGAAUAUAAUUCAUCGAGCCUGGCUGCAGAGGCGAUGAGAAAGGAAGACAGUCUGGGAAGAGAUCAGUAAAGAAGCAGCAGCAGAGCUCGGUCCUAUACUGUCCUGCCGGCGUCGGUUCCGGCUGGAUCCGUUUUGCAGGCUGUUUGGGAAUACUUAAAACGGGCGCAGAGCCGACACAAGAAUGUGCAGUUUUCCAGAGGGGCGGAGACAAGCUGGCCUCGCAUCCACAGGCAGCAGCCUCACCAUACACACCAGCAGCACCAAGUUUACAAUAGAGGAAACAAUCCGGCUCUCUCUCUCUCUCUCUGGGCUCUUCUUCUGGGCCAUAAUGGAGGGAUGUUUUUCAGCCGCAGAGACGCGCGUCACGCAGCCUGCUAGGCAUUAUUCUCCGGUGCUGCUGCUGAACUAACCAGAAACGUCCAUGUUGAAGUGACACUGGGAUCCGAACAAGUGACUAACAUUAGUCACAGAAGUGCGGCUAUUUGAUAGAGAACGCAACAUUGCAACAUUGUAAGCAGGAGGAAACAGAUGGUUCCAGCGUUCCAUCAAACGUUCCAUUAAACGGAUCGUUCUGAUUGCGUAAUUGCGCGUAAUGUUAAAGAGCGUCCUCCAGUUGCGAUGAAAAGUGUCCAGUCUGGUUUGUUUUCUCCAGCCACUUCUUCUUCCUCCAUCCUGCAUGGAACAAAGUGUGCUUUCUGAAACAUAACCUGCAUCUCGUGAGGUUGGAUCCAGGCUGGUUUCGUCAGCGUGGGAUUUUAUAUAUAUAUGUCGUACAGCUUCUCCCGACGAUCAUCAUCAUGAGGACCACCGAGGACGCAGAGGGCUUUGACGGCGAGGCCUCCAACACCUCCAUGAUCUCCGGAGCCAGCAGCCCCUAUCAGCCCACCACCGAGCCAGUCCACUCCAGGAACGUUUUGGGGGGGAUCCGGUGCGACCUGGAGUACAUCAAGUCGUACUUUGGGAUUUUAAAGGUGGUCGAAGUGGUCCUAGCACUUAUUGGAUUCAUCUGCAUAGAGACAAUCAUGAUGUGUUCUCCCUGUGGAGGGGUCUACUUCUUCGAGUUUGUCAGCUGCAGUGGCUUCGUGGUGACGGGAGUCCUCCUCCUCAUCUUCAGCCUCAACCUGCACACCAAGGUGCCCCACGUCAACUGGAGCCUCACGGACCUGGUUAACACGGCUGCCAGCACCUUCUUCUUCUUCCUGUCAUCUCUUGUGUUGGCAUGCAUCAACCACAACACUGGAGCUGAAAUAGCAGCAGUGAUUUUUGGCUUCCUGGUGACAGGUGUGUACGGAAUAAACACCUUCCUGGCAGUACGGAGGUGGCGCCUUGGUUGUCAAGGACCGGCUCAGAACAGCGAGUACACUCGAGCACGCACGGCAUCUCGUGGAGAAAUGGAGGCAAGACCUGAGCUUGCAUGAGUGCUGGCAGACAAUCAGACAGACUAAAGGAAAGCCACACUACCGGCAGCUGACUGAGAUGGACUCUGCCCUCAGAACAGUGUUUCAUUCAGUCUUGGGUGGAAGGGCCAUCUCAAGUUCACCACAUGCUUUUGACUUCUCAUCACAACCACCAGCCACUGAAUACAUCUUUUUCAUAGCCACUGAUGAGCUCUGUGACUUUGUUUAACCGGCAUCCUGGCUUCAGUGACACAUGAAGACUGUAAAGUGAAGAGCUCCAGUCAGAAUUGAAGGUAUUCUCUGCAAAACUUUUCAUCUACGUAUCUUUUCAAGUCAGUAUGAAGGAUGAGUCCCACAAAGAGCCCAAAAAAUAAAGACUGACUUCACUCCAACUGUGCACUAACUCCUGCUCUGGCAUAGGUGUUGACUUUUUAGAAAGUUUUGCUGUUUCACUGUGAAUGAGGUCGAGUUGAAGAAGGUCAGCUUUUGUACAGUUUGCUUAUUUCACGCCGCUGUCUGUGAAGUCUGUGGUAAUAAAUGUGACCCUGGAUCCAGGAAACCACUGGACCAGCAACAAAAAGUAACCUGCAGCACAACAGAAGCACCAUGACUUUACCGUUCUUUCUUAGAUACUGACAUCAGCCUUUGGUUUCUACCUGUGAGCAAGGCUGACAUUAGAUAUUUUAAUCUGAAGAUUACACAUGCUGACAUGUUUGUUUCUCCUUCGUCUUGACUAACUUUACAAAUGCCUUUCACAUGUGACCUUUAGCCACUAUUAAUCUGUCCUGCCAGCAGUUAUACAGUAACAGGGUCAUGCUUAACUACAAUAAAGACGGGCAGAGCAGCAAAAGUUCAACAUUUCAGUGGGUUUGACUCAAUUAUGAGACCAAAAUAAAAAAAUUCAUUCCAUCUAUUUUAUCCAAGGUUGUGUGCAAGCUAUCCCAAAAAUGUUCACACUUGCAUUCCUAAAAUUUUAAUUUCAAGGCCUUUGUUAGGUCAACACUGUGAGCAGGAGUAGGUUGUAUCCGACGAUGAUAAGGUUAUUGGUAUCUUGUUACUUUUGCACAUAAUCCAAAAGAUUCAUUUUGAAAUCAGUAGGUGACCUGGUCAAGAUUUACGCCCUUAGCCUACAGACUGUUUCUCAGGUAUUGACACUCCUUCCAUCUUUGAAUCUUUAAAAAAACAUUUGAAAUUAAAUCACAGGGUGCCUCGAACUGAACGCUGUAUUUCCCAAAGCCUUCCUUAUUAUUAGACAUGAUAGGACUAUCAUGGAGUAUGGAAAUUAACUGAUACUUUGAGUUAAGUGAAAAUUUAUUUAAAAAGGAAGAGUCAAGUGAAGGUGGAGAUGGCGGGAUGGAAAUUCAAGACUUUUAGCAUUAUUGUCACAGCUUUCACUCUGUGUUUGAUUUAAUUAAAAUGUCUGCAUAUGUAUUUACAGUAUAUUAUCACACUUCAUGUAUUAUGAAAUCUCUAUCAUUCCACAUUGCAGCUGUUACAGUAUAAAGCUCAUACAUAUAGAGCGCAAAAUGUUUUUGUGUUGGGCCAGUCUACUUGACAGACAGGAGGCUCAAUCCUCCAAAAAAUCACACCGUAUUUGCUUUUUAAAUAUGAAGGAAGAAAUGUCAACUUAAUUUUUGGUGUCUUGCAGUGCUCUAAUGCAUUGAAUUUACACAACAGUUACACGUGUGCUUUCUUUGUUGUUUGAGACCUCUAUGUCGGCUUAGGUGAGUUUGUGCAGGGUCUAAAUCGACUCUAUUGCUCCAUCUUCUGGUCGUCAUCUAAAUUGUAUUCCGUUUGACUACAGAGGACUGUUAAAGUACAGCCAGAUAACUACAGCAGUGUGUGUUUAAGAGAAGGACCAGAAAUAUGUUUGACUGUGGGUUAAAAUGAAAAAUAAAUACUGUAUGGCUUCUUUAACAGCCUCAGAAGUUUCCACAUUA